UGAUCGUUGAACCUCCAAGUGUCGGAUCAAUGACAGAUGAACACGGGCAUCAGAGGCCAGUGGCUUUUCUGGCGUACAGAGUGAAUGGGCAGUACAUUAUGGAGGGGUUGGCCUCCAGCUUUCUCUUCACCAUGGGAGGCCUUGGCUUCAUAAUUCUGGAUCGCUCUAAUGCGCCCAGCAUUCCCAAGCUCAACCGUUUCCUUCUGCUCUUCAUUGGCUUUGUCAGUGUGCUGCUGAGCUUUUUUAUGGCCAGAGUCUUCAUGAGAAUGAAACUACCUGGUUAUCUUAUGGGUUAAAGCUGCAAUAUUGCAAAUGCUACAGGCAGAGAUGAAAAAGAACAUACAGAAAACCAUGUUUCAUUGCCAAGGACUACAGUCUCAUUCAAAGUCUGAUAAAUUAUUUCCACUGGCAGAAUUUCCCUCACUUUUUUUUUUUUUUUGCAUACAUACAAUUUUGUCUAGUAGGACUCUUACCUUACUGGUUCAUAAAAAUGUGCUAAAUUUACUUCUCAACAUUGUUGAUAAACAUUUCCUUGUAAAAAGUCCACAGGAUGGUCAAUAUUAUAUCGAUAUAAUCCAGUUUGCAUAUCUCCUUAUAACUGUUAUUUUGUAGACGGCCUGUUCAUAAAUGUGGCUGCUUGAUGUGCAGUUUUUUCUAUAAUAAACAAAUACUUAACACAAAACUU